UUCAGGCACUAUUCAGGCCUACUAACAACUGUUAAAAAUAACUACCCAGGGUUUUGUGAGCAGCUUUCGGACUCCAGGAAGAGUGACUUCAGCUGCAGACAGAAUGGCGUCCAUGUUGAUGAAUUCUCUGAAGAGCUGCCCGGUGAACAACUCCAGGGCUUUUCACUUGGCUGCACGGUGUCUCGGGACAUCUGCUCCUCUACAGGCACAAGUUAAAAGUAAGAAGACACUGGCUAAGCCUGGGGUGAAGAACAUUGUUCUGGUCGAUGGAGUCCGUACACCGUUCCUACAGUCUGGCACUGCAUAUUUGGAUCUGAUGCCCCACGAUCUGGCCAGAGGAGCUUUACAAGGUUUGCUGAACAGAACUGGUAUUCCUAAAGACUUGGUGGAUUACAUCGUCUACGGAACCGUCAUACAGGAAGUGAAGACCAGCAACGUGGCCCGAGAGGCUGCCCUGGGUGCCGGAUUCUCCGACAAGAUUCCUGCUCACACAGUCACUAUGGCCUGCAUUUCCUCCAACCAAGCCAUGACUACAGCUGUGGGUCUGAUUGCCGCCGGUCAGUGUGACAUUGUGGUGGCCGGUGGAGUGGAGUUCAUGUCUGACGUCCCGAUCCGUCACAGCCGCAGGAUGAGGAAGACAAUGCUCUCUCUGAACAAGGCCAAGACUCUCGGAGCGAGACUGGCUCUGCUCGGCUCCAUCAGACUCGCCCACUUCACACCAGAGCUGCCUGCGGUGGCGGAGUUCUCCACGGCGGAGACGAUGGGUCACUCUGCGGAUCGUCUGGCCGCAGCGUUCGCCGUGUCCCGCUUGGAGCAGGACGAGUUUGCGUUGCGCUCUCACAGUCUGGCAAAGAAAGCUCAGGAUGAGGGGCUGCUCAGUGACGUCAUCAGCUUCAAAGUGCCGGGGAAGGACAUCGUCUCUAAGGAUAAUGGGAUUCGUCCCAGCAGCAUGGCGCAGAUGAGCAAACUGAAACCGGCCUUCGUCAAACCGCACGGAACCGUCACCGCUGCUAACUCCUCCUACCUGACUGACGGUGGCUCUGCAGUGCUCAUAAUGUCUGAAGAGAAAGCGCUGUCUCUGGGCUACAAACCCAAAGCGUAUCUCAGAGACUUCGUGUACGUGUCUCAGGACCCUAAAGACCAGCUCCUGCUCGGUCCGACCUACGCCACGCCGAAGGUCCUGGAGAAAAGCGGCCUGACGCUGGCCGACAUCGACGUGUUUGAGUUCCAUGAAGCUUUCGCUGGUCAGAUCUUGGCGAAUAUGAAGGCGAUGGACUCUGAUUGGUUUGCUCAGAACUACAUGGGCAGGAAAACAAAGGUUGGUACGCCCCCCAUGGAGAAGUUUAACCUGUGGGGCGGCUCGCUCUCCAUCGGACACCCGUUCGGAGCCACUGGCUGUCGCCUGGUUACCACGGUAGCACACCGGCUCAAGAAGGAGGGGGGGCAGUAUGGCCUGGUGGCAGCGUGCGCUGCAGGGGGACAGGGUCACGCGAUGGUGAUUGAGGCGUAUCCACAGUAGAGCUUUACAGAGUGCUGCAGCAUGCGUGCGCACGUACAGAAUGGCAAAUGGUGUAAAUAAUAAUAAUAAUAAUAAUUAAUAAUGAUAGAGAAUUAAAUUCACCACAAGGCCUUGAAGAAAUGAAAGUGCUUGUGUACUUUUAAAACAUUGAGUGUGUGAAGCAGCUGAGGAGAAUCCUAACCUGUUAAGAACGCGUGUUCAGCUGAGUUUGUCAACGCAUUCAUCAGUUACCCUUUCUGCCGUUCGAACCCGAGUGAUCAGCGCCCACCUCCCUCCUGCCCCGCCUCCUUCAGGAUUCUGUAGACAGCUCCUGUUUAAACCGAUCCGGUUCACUCUUGAUGAAAAGGUGUGAGGAUGGAAUUCGGCUUAACACACUCGCACUCCGUAAAGUCGUCUCUGCAUGCGUCAUGUUUCCACUGUAUUUUUUUUUUUUUUUUGAAUAUUGUGAAAUAAAAUAAUAGAAAUCCA